AAUACCAAAGUUUAAUGCGUGUGUGGGUGAUGGGGUGGGAGCACUUUGGGGAAAGAGAUGAUGAUUGGGCCUUUUCCUUGCCCUGUUUCCUUCCCACAACAUCAGAAAAGUGAUGGUCCUGAAACUUGGAAAUGAGAUGGCUUCUUGCUAAAUGACACACUUAGGUGGGAUAAGUAGAGACCUUUGCAAGUUCUGAGAGGAAGGCAAAGUGUUUUCUUCCCGAGAGGAUGAUGCUGGAUUGCGGGAUUAGAAGAAAGGGGAGAAGUCAGAGGCCGAGCAGAGCCCGGAAGCCUCCUGCAGACCGGAGGCCCCCUCUUGGGGGUGGAGUAGAGGGAGGGGUUAGACAGAGGAGAACACCUUAAAAGGCCUCCACAGUUCCAGGCUACCAUCUGCUGCUACCAGAGCUCCAGGGGAAGAGCAACAUUCUCUGUGCUCUCCUGAAGGGAUUAUCUCAGAAAGAAGGAAGCAGACGCCUAGGAACAUGGAUGCAGGAGCCAGCUUGGAAAACGGCGGGCGCAGGGGUCGGACCUGGCGCUGUCUGGAGGCCGCUUCCCCAGGCGGUAAAGGGGCCGGGAAGCACACCGCGAACCUGCUGCUGGACCGCGAGCCGCACGUCCUGAAGCUGGGCGAGAGCUUCGCCAAGAGGCCCAAGUCCCUCUACCACACCAUCCGCUAUGAUGUGAAACCAGAAGCCACAGGCACUUCAGGUGAUGGAGAACUCCAGCUUGGAAAAGGAGAUGAAGUCACAAUUACGCUACCACGCGUUGCUGGGUCGACGCCUGCGACGACUGUGUUCAAAGGCAACAAAAGACCAUAUGAGACAGACUGUGUUCUCAUCAUCAAUCACGACACUGGGGAAUACGUGCUGGAAAAACUCUGUAGCCGCAUCCAGGUCAAGAAGAUGAGAACCGAGGGAAGCGGCGGAAUCCAGGCGCGGAAGCAACAACAGCCCCCUGCUGGGGCACCAUUUCGAGCGCCAGUGAAAGCACCGGCUGGACCCAAAGCCCCUCCUGUGCAAGGCGACCUUUCAGCUGAACUCCAAUUGAAUGACUUUAAGAGACUGCUGAGAGCAGAGAUGGAAGUCCUGGAAGAGAGGAGCAGCGGCAGCGGGAGCAGCUCGUCCGACUCCGACAGCUCCCGGGACAGCGAAGGGGACGAGCCGGCCGCCCGGGCCGCCCCCUCCCAGCCUCCUCACCAGCACCUCAGUCCCAGAAACCCUGUGGCCAAGGGCCCCGGCCGGCCUCGGGGAAACCAGGAGCUGAUGGAUAUCCUGCGAAAUGACUUACGAUUGAGUGACUCUGGCAGUGACAGCGAUGACGAGCGGACGAGCUUCCUGCCUCCGUCUCUUUGCUAGGAGAUCACGUGGAGGCAGUGGGCCGCGAGCAGAAAGCUCACCACCAAGGAGAGCGCUAGGACAUUAGUGAGCCCUGAGGCGCUGCCACCAGCCCGAGCAGGAGGGCUCUCGUAUACAUUACGGCAAUGCCUUUGGACAAGCUUGACCUGCAUCUGCAGAAUCCAUAACUGGGGUGGUUUUGGUUAACGGGGUGGAUGGAAAGCAUGGACGGUUGGGGGGAGGGAGGAUUUUGGUUGUUCAGAGGCUGAACGGUAGACAUCCUUGGCUCUCACGACUUUGGACGUGUCAUCUUCAUUGACGAAGCAAAUGGCUUGGUCUGUGGCGCAAAAGGAGCACCCCCAAAGCGUGUUAAAGCCUCUUGGAAUUAUUGCCCACGUGAAAACAAAGGCUGCAGCCUGUCUUGUCUAAUUAGGUCUGACCUGAUAGGCCAGUGAAGACAGAGGUAGGCAUAGACUCAGAAGUACAAAAUACAUCGUGCACGAUACUGCAAGUGACUUUCUCUUUAUUUGAACUCAUGUUGAAAUGGCCAAGAAAGUGACGUGUGAUCAUCGAAACUAAUGGGAAUAAAGUCUAUCU